AUGGAACUUGGUUUUCCGCGAGGGCUCGGGCAGAACCAGAAUCAGCUGCCAAACUUCCCGUAUAGCGUCAUGGAUGCGCGGAGCAUCCCACGCACCCUCGGCCCAGCCGCCUCCACCCCCGGCCCCAGUAUACUCGAACAACAGCACCAGCAACAUUCAUCCUCGACCUCAUCGUCAACCACACCCUCAUCUAUACCUCCCACCGGUCGUCCCACAUCGCCUCCCGUGGCUGCCACCGGCACAGCAGCGAUUCACUCCGCCGCCGCGGCCGCGGCCGCGGCCGGCAGCGCCGAAGUUGGCCAGCAGUCUGCCGACUCCCUUGCGCAUGGCAACGGCAACGGCAACGGCAACGGCGAGAACUGGGCCUCGCGGGUCCUGCAGGAGAUGAAGGACUUGAUGCUUCUGCUCAAUCGCGAAGGUCGAGUUCUGUAUGCGUCACCCUCGUGCGUCGAGAUCACUGGCUUCGAAGCCCAGUCGCUCGAAAAGAGCGACCUGUUCCGCUAUGUUCACGAGGACGACAAGUCCGUUCUCACCCAGGAAUUGAAAGAAUGUAUUGAGACUGGCCGGCUGUUGCGCUGCCAUUUCCGCUUCUGUAAGCCAGAUAGCAACUUCUGUCUGCUCGAAGCGCACGGACAUCCACAUAUCGCUCCCUCGGAUCCCUCGUCGAUGCCCAGUGGUCCGGGUGGUGGUAAUGGGGGUCGCAGCACCAGCGCCAGCAGCACCAGUGCAAGCAGCAACGGCAACAACGGCAGUAGUGACAGUAGUAGUAAUGGUAUCAGCAGUGGAGCUGGCUCAAAUGGUCACCGAAGACUUCCACGACCGCUAUCCCCAUCGCCACCGCAACAGCUGCAGCAGCAGAAACAAUCCGAGUGUCGAGGGAUUUUCCUCGUUUGUCGCCCUUAUCCGACUAGGGGAGCCCAGCUUCUCAACUCAUUUCUCGAACAUAAGAUCGAGAACAUCCGCCUCAACCAGCGCAUCGCGCAACUCAAGGAAGAGGAAGAGGAAGAGCUCAACGCGACGCAGCAAUCUUUCAAUAACAGUAACAGCGGCGCCGGCAACAACAAUUACCACAAUAACAACAGAGAUGGCCAUCUUGUCCACCUUUCGACCACCACUACCCGUCAAACAUACAUCACGACCACGCAGACCUUCACCCAAGCCACCACCAACCGGGCACCCGCCCGCGACACUCCCUCCACUUCCGGCGAGGACAACGAAUCCUCCGAUACGGUCACGAGCAACGCCGACGAUGCGGAUUCGCGCUCGUUUCCCGGCAUGGAGGGCGUCAUGGACCGCCUACCUGCGGUCGACGACAGGUCGCAUAUCGAGGGCAUUGAAGUCAUGACCGGUCUGUACUAUGGAGAGGGCGAGCGGUCCCAGGGUCUGAGUACCGGCCAAAAGCAUGGUCGCUUGGUCCACUACUCGGACAUUGAUGGCGAGUCGUCUGGCAACGAUCCCCAGGCAAGUCGAGGAGUCGGGGAUGGGGAUCGGAGGAAACGACUCAAGGGCGAGUAUAUGUGUACGGACUGCGGGACGAGUGAUUCGCCGGAGUGGCGGAAGGGGCCCGAGGGUCCGAAGACGUUGUGUAAUGCUUGUGGAUUACGCUGGGCUAAAAAGGAGAAGAAACGCCAAGAUCCCUGAUCAGUAAAACCUCUACUCCGUACUCCGUACUCUCCCCGGUCUCGUCUUUGCAAGGUGGGUGUAAUUG